CGAGAUUAUAGUAGCCUACAGAGAAAAGACACUCGACCCAGAGUCCAACCGCAGCUGAACGGAAGCGGAUCGUCUCCGCGCGCGCAGUUUAAGACAUCAGUAAUUUGAGGCCCCUGGCUAGUGCCCUGAGAAGCAGUAGCAAAUGGAUGAGGGGGCAUGUGGGUUCAGGGAAGCGAGUUUUUGACUCAAGUUGUAACUGUUCAACCGGGACUGCUAAGCCCUCAUUGGCGGCCUGCAGCUCCAGCUACGUUGUGGAGAUGUACUACGCUUGGCUGGAGGAUCACAAAAACGUUCAUGAGUUACGUGGCCACCAUGUGGCUUGGCUGGACCCUCUUGCUGUCGAUCUGGAUUCCUUCAUUCCCUCAGAUUUGAUCACAUCCAUUGACAAGCUGGCGUCAUAUGGCUUUGAAGAAUCUGAUCUGGAUAAGACAUUUCAGUUGCCUACCACAGUUAUUGGGGGAAAUGAAAGCACACUCCCACUGAGAGCAAUCAUACACAGGCUUGAGACAUCUUACUGUUGUCAUAUUGGGGUGGAAUUCAUGUUUAUCAAUAAUAUGGAGCAAUGCCAGUGUAUCCGGCAGAAAUUAGAAACUCCGGGAAUCAUGACAUUUUCUGGCUGAGUGAAGAGAACCCUACUAGCGAGGCUGGUUUGCUCAGCAUGAUUUGAGGAUUUUCUAGCUCACAAAUGGUCUUUAGAGAAGCGCUUUGGUUUGGAAGGCUGUGAGGUACUUUUCCCUGCCCUGAAGACAAUCAUUGAUAAGUCCAGUGAAGCUGGUAUAGAAAGUGUUAUUAUGGGCAUGCCUCACAGGGGUCGACUGAACAUACUGCUGGCCAAUGUAGUCCGCAAAGACUUGGACCAUGUUUUCUGCCAGUUUGAUCCCAGACUUGAGGCUGCAGUUGAGGGUUCUGGAGAUGUGAAAUAUCAUUUGGGGAUGUACCACGAAUGAAUCAACAGGGAAACAGAUAAGAAUAUCACUCUGUCUUUGAUGGCUAACCCCUCUCACUGAGAGGCAGUGGACCCUGUUGUUCAGGGCAUGACCAAGAAGGCAGAACAGUUCUACAGAGGAGACACUGAAGGGAGAAGGGUAAUGUCCAUUCUCAUUCGUGGUGAUGCUGCAUUUGCUAGUCAGGGAGUCUUCUAUGAAACCUUUCACCUCAGUGUACUCUCUUCAUAUACCAUCCAUGGCACCAUCCACAUUGUGGUCAAUAAUCAUAUUGAAUUCACUACAGAUCCCCGAAUGGCACGUUCCUCUCCCUACCCAAAGUAUGUGGCUCGCAUGGUCAACGUACCCAUCUUCCAUGUCAACGCUGAUGAUCCAGAAGCUGUGAUGUAUGUGUGCAGGGUUGCUGUAGAAUGGAGGAAUACAUUCAACAAGGAUGUGGUGAUAGACCUGGUGUGUUACCGGCGGUUUGGACAUAAUGAGUUGGAUGAGCCCAUGUUCACUCAACCCCUCAUGUACAAGCAGAUCCGCAAACAGUAACACGUGCUGAAGAAGUACGCAGACAAGCUCAUCUCUGAGGGAGUGGUAACACUGCAAGAGUUUGAGGUUUGUUUUGCUAAAUAUGACAAGAUCUAUGAGGAGGCAUACACCAGCUCUAAGGAUGAGAAGAUCCUACACAUUCGACACUGACUUGACUCACCAUGGCCAGACUUCUUCACACCAGAUGGAGAACCAAAGAGCAUGAGCUGCCCUCCCACUGGACUAAACGAAGAGGUGCUCAAGAACACUGGUGAGGUAGCCAGUUCAGUCCAUCUAAAGGAUUUCACCAUUCAUAGUGGAGAGUAUUGCUUGUCACUUAUCCUUCCUGGCCGAGCUGACAUGGUUGCAAAACGCACAGUGGACUGGGCCCUGGCAGAUCACCAUGUGUUGCAUGAUCAGGAAGUUGAUGAGCUCUUCUGUGUUCCAAUGAACCAUCUGUGGCAGAAUCAGGCUCUUUACACCUUAUCCAACAGCUCUCUGUCUGAGUAUGGGGUUUUGGACUUCGAGGUCCAACAGCUCUAUGUCUGUAAUUGGAUUGUGGUCAAUUGCUCAACACCUGCCAGGUACUUUCAUGUGUUAAGAAGGCAAAUUUUGUUACCAUUCAGGAAGCCAUUGAUUAUUUUCACACCAAAGUCCUUACUGAGGCUGCAUGAGGCCCGCUCCAGUUUUAAUGAAUUGAUCACAGUGACAACAUCACAAAGGAUAAUUCCAAAUGAUGGUCCUGCAUCCAUACACCCAGGAAAGGUCAAAAGGGUCAUCUUCUGCACUGGCAAAGUCUACUAUGAGCUGGCAAAAGAGACAAAACAGCUGAACUUGGAGGAGGAUGUUGCAAUUGUCAGAUUGGAACAGAUAUCGCUGUUCCCUUUUGACCUCAUCAAGGCUGAGCUUGAGCAGUAUAGCAACGCUGAACUCAUAUGGUGUCAAGAAGAGCAUAAGAACAUGGGCUACUAUGACUAUGUAAGGCCACACUUCUGCACAGUGCUGUCAAACAAGAAUCCAAUAUGGUAUGUUGGCCAUGACCCUGCUGCAGCCCCUGCCACAGGCAACAAUUUCACUCAUCUGGCUGAGCUAAAGAGGUUCUUGGACACUGCUUUUAACCUUGAGGCAUUCAAGGGCAGGAGUUUUUGAUGCUAUGCUGUCAGAUGUUAAAAUAAUACUUUAGAAAUGAUUACAUAUAAUGUAGGUUUCGCUA